UGCAUUCAUGUUCACUCUAGAAAUAUUUAACUGCUUCAUUAUGUUGAGCAGUUCUUUUUCUUAGGCUAGGUUUUGCAAUCCUCAGCACAAGUCAGUCGAUCAUUUCUUUGAAGUCAUUUGCAGUUAAUGGCAUUUGUUUUGUCAGAGCCUUCAUUUGGCAUUGACUCAACCAGAGGAGGGGACUUGAAUAUACUGCAGAAGUGAGAGACCAUGACUGCAGAAACAGCCAGCAGGGCUCCUGCCAGAGACCCCGGGCCAGAUAAAGAGAUUCCUGAAGAAGGGGUUCAGCCCAGGGGGAAAUGGGCCAACAACAUGGAGUUCAUACUCUCCAUGGCUGGAGAAAUCAUUGGCCUUGGAAAUGUUUGGCGUUUCCCCUAUCUGUGCUACAAGAAUGGAGGAGGCGUCUUCUUCAUCCCGUACUUUGUGUUCCUCUUCUUCUGUGGCAUCCCUGUGUUCUUCCUGGAGACGGCGUUGGGCCAGUACACCAGUGAGGGCGGGGUGACCGCCUGGAGGAAGAUAUGCCCCAUGUUCGAGGGGGUGGGGAUUGCGUCCCAAGUGAUUGUGGUCUAUCUGAACAUCUACUACAUCGUGGUGUUGGCCUGGGCUAUCUUCUACCUGGUUUUCUCCUUCUACAGCCCGCUGCCCUGGUCCACAUGUGACAACUGGUGGAACACUGACUCAUGUCAAACUCACUUUAGCGCCUUUGCCAACCCCCAUCUGUUUCACCCUGAAUCCAACUGGUCAUUCCUAAACAACAUCAGCUCACCUGACUACUAUGAGAACCUCACUUACAUAAUUGAAACUGACCCUCUCCUGAUGACCAAGUCACCGGAAGAGGAGUUCUGGACUAACCGUGUGUUAAGAAUGUCAAAUGACAUGUCCCUGGGUAAGGUGCACUGGGACCUGACUCUAUGUCUCGUGGUUGCCUGGGUUAUAUGUUACUUCUGCAUCUGGAAGGGAAUUAGAUCCACAGGAAAGGUAGUGUACUUCACUGCUACAUUCCCCUACCUGAUGCUGUUCAUCCUCUUCAUCCGUGGAGUGACACUCCCAGGAGCCGCAGAGGGACUGAAAUAUUACCUCUUACCUGACUUAAGCAAGCUUGCUGAACCAGAUGUAUGGCGUGACGCAGGGACCCAGGUGUUCUUCUCCUACGCCGUGUGUCAGGGAGUACUGACCGCUCUGGGAAGCUACAACAAAUACAACAACAAUUGCUACAGGGAUUGCUUGGCACUAUGUUGCCUGAACAGUGUCACCAGUAUCUUUGCUGGUUUUGCUGUGUUCUCAGUGCUGGGAUUCAUGUCUCAUGAACUGGGAAUACCGAUGACUGAAGUUGCUACUGCUGGUCCUGGUCUGGCCUUUAUAGCCUAUCCAAAGGCUCUGUCGUUGCUGCCUGGCUCUUCCUUUUGGGCUGUGCUCUUCUUCCUCAUGCUCCUUCUCUUGGGCCUAGACAGUCAGUUUGUGUGUGUGGAGAGCCUGGCCACAGCCCUCACAGACCUAUUCCCACGUCACCUGAGGAGGCCGAGUGCCAGAGAGUUACUGACCCUGGUCAUCGCUGCUGUCUGUUUUCUACUGGGGCUACCACUCGUCACUGAGGGAGGGAUAGUCCUCUUUCAGCUGAUUGACACCUACGGUCCCAGUGGAACCAGUCUCCUCAUUAUUGCCUGCUUUGAGACCAUUGUCAUUGCCUGGGUGUACGGUGCAGACCGUUUCUACGACAACAUUGAGGACAUGAUCGGGUACCCACCAUUCCCCAUACUGAAGUACUGUUGGAUGUUCGUCACGCCACUCAUCUGUGGACUCACACUGCUGUAUAACCUGACACAAACACAUUCUCUGGAGGUGUAUGGUUAUGUACCCGGCACCUGGGGCACCACUGUGGGCUCUCUACUUGUCCUCACUCCACUGAUGUGCAUCCCAGCAUUCAUUUUCAUCACACUGUGUAAGAAUCCCACAAAUAUGAUUGCACCAUCCAGUGAUCUGCGUCAGGCUCGACCAGACAAGCCAGUUCUCACUAUGUGUAAACACGUCAUCUUUAAGGCUCAGAGGCAGCCAAACAGGAGUGUGGACAAAAGAAACGACAAGAUGAUGAUGGAGGAACAUAACAGGGUUUGAUGGUCACUGAUGACACUUACAGACCUGCCGCAAAUGAUGGCGCAUAGAUAGUCUCAUUGAACUGUACAACUCUGUGACAGCAAAAAUACAAUUUAUUAAUCAUAUGUAAAGUUUUAUAAAUGUUUACACAUUCCAUGAGUAUUCAGGGAGAUCCUGUUGUGUUUUUUAAUUGUCUUCAAAAAGUACUUCAUCCAUUUCACAUGGCACUCCUACAAUACUGCUGGACACAAGGUGGGCAGUUUAGAAUCAGAAUCGAUGCAUCAGAACCAAAGAUAUUAUCUUUUUUGUUUCAUGUAUUCUUCCUUGUGCAAACCUGGUGCCUACAUUACCUACAAUGCAAGACGAACGCCAACAGUUUGGUCAGAGAUGCGGGUGUGUUAUACUAGUAUAUGUUAUCAGAUAUGUUAUUAAAUUAUAUGUGUUUAUACCUAGUGCAGACAUUGGUGAUAAACUUUAUGAAUCUCAUUAAAAGUAUUAGUAUGCUAAA